CUGAAAAACGGCAUUACCGUUUACAAUUGUGCUACUUUCAGGCGCGGUUCAUCCGCUUCACUUACAAUCGAUCUUGGCCCGUCCGAAAAUGCCGUUAUCGAGCCCUCUCCAAUAUAUGAAAACGAUGUAGCUGAAGAACUAGAGUACAAGAAAUUGGGCCGUCUGACGCGCCGCCAGUUACGCCAUUUUGAUGUAACGGCUUCGUUAUCGACAAUUUAUGCUGAAUUUGCUGUGGCACCAACACGAAAGAAGUUGACAAGCCGUCUAUCUUGGGCAGGAACUAUGUAUACAUCAGAGUCUAUAACUAGUGACUAUACGCUGAAAAGCUAUCGGUUGGCGCAAAUUCCACAGCAUGGUCUAUGUCCUCAAAAUGUCAAACCGGAGGGACCGUGCUCAUCUCUUCAAUAUUGCUGUGGUAAAGAUAGUGAUGUGCGGAUGCAAAACGUGUAA